UUAUGAAAAAUUUACGUGACGUGUGUUGUCAACGUGUUACUUUAAUCGCAAGUGCUUCGUUCAACGUCUUCUCCUUAUUACAUUACAAUUUUCGAUUAAGAUAUUUGAUUAUUUUUGAAGCUUUUUAUCGAUUUUUAUUGAAUACUCAGAAUACUCAGAAUAAUUAUUCCGACAUGAUUGCUCGUUAUUUUUAAAGUGAUAGUUUUUUCGAGGGAGAGAGGUAUGAUUCGUAAGAAGUGUGGGUCGCUGUAUCAUGUAUGAAUUACUUUACGCGGGAAAAAGUAAUUUUUUUGAAGGAUGCGUUGAAGGAACGAUCGAUGGAUAUCCUGGCAAAAACACGAUGCAUUGCUUCACGAUUUUGCGCUACUGAAUGACUCUGCGAUCAGAAUGCCCUUCGCAGGAGAAUGGUGCAAAGUAUGGAUUUAUUUCGGAUUCGUUUUCGCGUGGGCGAAAGGUGCACGUCCACGCUUUGAUACUUCCACGGACAUGGGAUUAGUCCUAGUUCCAGCGGAUGCUGAAGUAGAUUCCGUCAUUUUUCGUCUGCGCGCCACUGACCAGGAUGCAGAUUUUCCACUCGUUUUCGAAAUAACCGCUACCAUCACACCUGUUGUAAGGAUCGACAACCUGCCGUGCACGUUGUAUAACAAAGUGUGUCAAGCAAAUGUGAUUCUAACGAAACGACUGGUUCCCGGACGCCUUCACGAUUUUGCCGUGAGGGUUAGGGACACGAAGGGAGACUCGAACUCAAUGCAAGCCACUAUUUCUGUUACGAACGCGACCACCCCUCGUGAUAAGAUAUUCCCGCACAUACCUUCCCUCAUUAUGGUGCCCGAGGAUACCAAACCGGGCAAAGAGUUGGAUUAUCUUCUAGUGAGAGCCAAUUCUCGAAGCGGAAAACCUGUUUAUAUCGAACUAUGGCAACCAAAAGAACUUUUUACCAUAAGGCAACGGCAAACGCCCAUCCAAACACGAGGAGUAAUCAUACUAACUGGAGAGUUAGAUUUUGAAACGCAAUCUAUGUACACCCUUACCAUGUAUGCAACGGAUCCGUACACGGAACAGGGGAAGGAUACGAGAAAUAUCGCGGGUCUAAGCGUGGUUGUGAUAGUUCAAGACGUACAAGAUGUCCCUCCAAUUUUUACCUUGGCACCUCCCCUCACGAGGAUUAAUAAUUCCAUACAACCUGGUGAUAUAGUGGUGCGAGUGCAUGCAGAAGACGGAGAUAAAGGAGUGCCACGUGAAAUCGUGUACGGUCUCGUGUCCGAAGGCAAUCCUUUUACACCGUUUUUUAACAUCUUGGAGACAAGUGGUGAAAUCACUCUUGCUAGACCUUUGGAGGAGCUCACGCAAAUCACGCACGUCGGAGCUCCGGUUGUACUUACGGUAGUUGCUGAAGAGAUAAGAAGGAACAGGGACGAGCCACCAGCCCAAGCGACAGUUGUCGAUGUUGGUUUCCUUCUUGGGGAACCAGGAAACAGUCCACCGUACUUCGAGAGUGAUAAUUACAUUGCCACGAUAGACGAGAAUCCUGAACCGGGGACCGUGAUAAACUUUGGUGAACAGUAUUCGACAAAGGUGAAAGAUGAAGAUAUCGGGAAAGCAGGAGUGUUCACGUUAAAAUUGGAGAAUAACAAUAAUACAUUCGAAAUAAAUCCAACAGUAGCGGAGCGUACUGCGGAUUUUGUUGUAACCGUACGAGAUAAUACGCUAAUUGAUUACGAAUUGUACAAAUCUCUAUCUUUCAAGAUCGUUGCUCAAGAAGUUGGUCCGGCGACAAAUCUGUCGGCACUAGCGCCAGUUAUUAUAUUUCUAAGAGACGUCAACGAUAAUUCACCGAUAUUCGAUGAAGAAUCGUACGAAGUGACGUUGUCCGAAAACGUGACGGAAGGUUCGCGCGUGACACAGGUGCACGCAACCGACAAAGACACAGGUAUCUACGGAAGUGUUCGAUAUACCGAUAUAAGAGGAGAGGGGAGCGAAGCUUUCACCAUGGAGCCAGACACAGGAUUGAUAACCGUCGCGAUGGGCUCUUCUUUGGAUCGAGAAAUCGCAGCAAGAUUCGUGUUAACCGUGGAAGCACGAGACGAGAAUGGGAAUGGCAACAGAGGUGUUGUUCCUUUGAUAGUUAAUUUAUUAGACGUCAAUGACAAUCCACCGAUAUUCGAGAAGGACGUUUACGAGUUCGCGUUGAACUCUGAUCUCACCAACUUUACAUUGCCAGCUUUUAUAAAGGCUAUCGACGCUGAUUCAGAGCCGCCCAAUAACGUGGUUAGAUACGAGAUAAUCCACGGGAAUUACGAGAACAAAUUUUAUUUGAACGAAACCAGCGGUGAAUUAAUACUUUUGUCGCCAAUUACGAAAAUCAGGCGAAAGAAGCAGAGCGCUUAUGACAAAUUUUCGAAGAAAAUGGGAACGAAAUUUGUGAAAAAUCGGGGAGAAAUCGAUCACGCGUACGAAAACGAAUUAUCGAUGAAUAAUCAAAACAGGAUAAAUUCGGGAAAUUUAACUGGAGAAAUGAUAAUGGAGGUGAUAAAGAAGCGACGGAAACGAGCCAACGAUGAUCCAUUGUACAUUCUUACUGCCAGGGCAUACGAUUUAGGUGUACCGCAUCUUUCGAGCGAAACGAAAAUUCGAAUAUUGAAUGGCGUCGCUAUGGAAGCGCGGAUAAUGAUGUUCGUGGUGCCGGGAGAACAACCAGAUUCAACGAAAACUGCCGAGACUUUAGCUGCUAUUACAGGUGGCCGAGUCACCGUUUUAGAAACUCGCCCUUAUAUUCAACAGAAUCAUACCGGAGGUACAGGGAUUCUCGCUGGAGGAGGAGGAGGAGGAGGAGGGAAAAAGAGUAUCGUUAUAGCUCGUGUUGAACAAACGGAGCCAGGCGCAUCGUUGGUAGAUGUGGAGAAGAUUCGAGAAACUUUGGCUGCCAAUGGGGUUGGGAUUAUAGGAGGAACCGAUGCGAUUAUGAAUACAACGAACAUAGACAAUACAAAGGUUCCACUUGAUGGAACGCCUAGACAUACUAACGAUGGCCAAACAACUGUUAUCAAUAACACGAUUACCACUGCUCAAAACGAAGAAGUGACCGUUUACAAAGCAGAAAACAAAUUGUUAUUCUGGCUUCUGAUAAUACUGGGUCUACUCAUGCUCUUGGCCGUCGCCAUAUUGAUUGCUUGCUGCAUAUGUCCCGGAUGCCCGUUUUACAUGGCGCCCAGGAAAAGGCGAGUACAUUCCUCAGAAAUGUUGGUCGUACGUGCGGACGGAAGACCGAAGAGGCAUCUUCAUCGACAACCGGCAAUACCUAUCGAAGUAUCGUGGAAUGGAAGGAAACAAGCGUGGAGCGCGGAUCCAACAAGAAGGAAUUGGCAAUUCAACAAAAGAAACGUGAAAAAUUGUUCCCUACCUGGGGACGUUGCCUAUAUUUCCGGGCAACCGAACGAUAUUCGCAUGAGCGUCGAGGCUCAAAGAUUGAGAGACGGGGGAGGGGGGCGUUCUUACGAUCACUCGAGGAGGAGUAGGAUGAACGAGCAAGAAAGAAUGUACAUGGAGGAUAUCGAAGAUCAAAAGGGAAGAGGUUACCGCACUGCCGAAUUGGAAUCUUUGCAACGGCACGAGAUGGACAGAGGUUCGGAUCUGCAACAUGCUUACAGGCAAAGAUUCGUGGAACACGACACGAACGAAGAAACGGCGGUGAGAGAGCAACACUUUUUCCGCGAGGGAAACGCCGAAGUCCUUCGACUAGUAACGCGAGGACAAGUAGAAGAGAACGCGACGUCCCAUCCUCAACCACAUCCUCACCGUCCACCAACUUUAAUCAUAGACGGUAAGGAUAUAAUUCUGCAAAGGUUCAUAGAGGACCAGAAGUCAAGGCACGAGUUGUCGAUGCAGGACAUCGAGGCAGCUCGUAGCAUGGAAUCGCAUCAACGAUCGAAAGACGUUUGCAACCAGCAACCGGAGAUAAUCUUGAUACCGGAAAGGUUGGAGCUCGGUCACAGGCAACACGUAGAGGAGAUCGGGCCCAACGUUCAGAGACUCGUGAUCGAUCACGAUCGUGAUUACGAGGCUCGAAAGGAGAAGGAGUCUCGUACGAUGAGAGAAACGACGAGGCAAGAGAGGCAAGAGGCCGGCUCGAUCGGCGAGAGGCCAACGUUGAUCGUUGCCAAGGAUCAAUCGAACAACGCCCAGUAUCCCUUCCACGAUUUGGAAUUGGCAAGGCAAAACGUUUUGUUGACACGAUUAUUGUUGGAGAAAGAAAAUCGAAGAGCGGGUGUGAUGGAUUCCACCAGCUAUCUGGAGACGCAGAGUCUGCCCGGCCAGGUGGCGAUAGCCACUCAAACGGAUAGAACGGCGGCCACUCAGACGGAUCGCCACGUGAAGAGCAGAAGCGACAACGACGAGUCGGACAACGAGGAGUCCAGAUACAGGAAGAGGUUGAGAUCUAGGAAGAAAUACGGGGGGGACGGGGAUUGGAGACGGUCGAGAACCCUGUGGAUGAAGUCGCCCAUCGAGGAAGAGGGCAGCCCUUGCUUCGAUAAACGAUUGAGCAUCCUGAGGAAGAAAGUGAGAGAGGUGAAGGAAGGGAGGAAGAUUUCUCUGGAACCGGAAGUGUUGCGAGAGAUCUCGGAUUCUUUGGACGGGAAUGGAAGCUCGUGCAAAGGCGAGGAAGACGAAACGAUGAGGAGUUAUAGAAAAUCAACGGAGCAAACGAGUAUCAGUUACAAAAUAUUGAACGAAAAGGAGAGCGGAUCCUCCGAGGAGAGGACGAAAGAGAAACGCGAGGAGAAAAGUAGCGAAGAGGUAACGGACGAUCGGAGGGUGAACAACGUCACGGAAUCGUCCUCGCCAGAGAUAAAAGUUCAACGUGAGAAACACGUUGGCCCCAAGGAGAAAAGUCCAAAAAGGGAAACGAGAUCGAAGGCGCAGAAGUCGGAGGGAGUGAUAAAGCCAAGUUUCAGGAUUCUCGAGAAAGAAUUUACGUUGCUCACGAAGAAACUGAGUAAGUUGGGGGACAAGAAAUUCCAGGAGAGCAGUGACAGCACCUGUCAAGAAAAGUCUGACUCCAAGGAGGCGAGAAAGGACUUGGAUCACAAGAGUUCGAAAAAAAUGGACCCUUCAACCUCGCAGAAGCACGAAACGACGUCAAAACUGGAGCAGAAAGGAAAGCAGAGAAAAGAUUCGGCUAUAGCUAAGACGAAGCAAAAGUUGAAGUAUCAGCAGAGUCAAGUCAUGAGUACAGGUAGUUCGGAACUUGACGAUUCACUUGGGUUUGACAAACCGAAGAAGCCGAGUGGGACGCGCCAUGAGAGCACGAAGCAGAAACAAUCUGUUGGUAACCAUGCGAAAGUGAAACGAUUGGUACAACAGAUGGAUCGACGAGAAUCGAAAAAGCAAGUGUCCGAAUCGAAGGAUGAGGAAAUGGAGAAACGGAAAGAUGGAGUAUCGAAAGGUGAAUUAAAAUCUGAGAAGAUUGGAAAGGUGGCGGCAAAAGCGCCGAAAUUAAGCGUUGUGUCUCGUAAGCAAAACGUGGUCGAGGAAACCAGUACUAGUACGGAAGAGAAAAGGGAAGGGGAAAGGGAUGCGUUCGCUUUCGAGAAAAAGAGCAGUACGGAUUUUUCAGAGAGAGAUUCGAACGGUUUGUUUCAGCCUAAAAGGGAGAGGCUCGAGAAGAAAAUAAUUCAAAAAUUUAGCGAUGAUUUUGUUGAAAGGUCAAGGGAAGAUACCAGUGAACAGAAAGUGACUACUUCCACGGAAGAAGAGAAAGAUACAGCAAGCACGGAGGAACGAAAAGUUGGUAUGGUAGAAUCAUCGAAAAAUGGGAUAUAUAAGAGUGAAGAUUUAUUUGAAAAAUCUACGAAAGAACAGAAAGAACGUGUUAGUUCAAAGAAAGCGUUAGAUGAUUCGGCUCAUUUGCAUACCAAGGAACAAUUAAUUACAGAUAUUAAGUUCAUCGAUAUGGGUCCAAUUAAAAAAGAAGAAUUAGGUAAAAUUGUCGUACGAGAUCAGAAAGUUGAUAAAAUGGCGUCUAAAGUAGAACCUACGAAAAUCAAAGAAACAAUGAAACGAGAGGAUGAGAGUAUGAAAUAUAGUGAAGAGGAUAGAAUAAAAGAAACUAAACGUGUGGAUGAAUUAGUAAGUAAAAGUGAGAAAGAAAUAAUUGAACGGGUUCGAGAUAAAUUGGAGGAGUACAUGGAAAGGGAUAAACCACUGAAUGGUUUUAAAAAACAAAUUGAAACUAAACUUGAUACUAGAAUAGAAGAAUCGGAACAAGAAGACAGAGAAUUAAGUGACACGUAUAAAUAUUUGAAAGAAGAAAUAGAGAAAAUGUCAGAAGAUUUCAAAAAGAAACGCGACGAGUCCAAGAAAAUAGAAUCAGAAGAAGAAGAAGAAGAAGAAGAGAAUGUAUUGUCAAGAUAUGAACACGAUAUAGAGGAUAAAAAUGGCGCAAGACAGAAGGCAGAAAAAAGGAUACAGGUAGAAGUACACGUGCCUACAGAAGAAGAGCACAAUGGCAAAAUGGACGCAACGCAAGAAAUGGAAAAGGACGUAAAAUCUCAAGUUUUAAGCAAUGGAAAAGAUAGUAUGAAAUUCAAUAUUACAGAUGUACAUAUAGAGGAUAAAUUAGAGGAAGAAAAACAAGUAAAACUCGUAGAUAUUUCAACCACAGAUCACAUUUUUGAAAAGGAAGAUUCGACAAAAAUUGCAUUCAAUGAUAAUGAUAAAGAAAAAAUUAGCUUAAGUAUGGAGAUUCCUCAUAAAGAAGAAACUGAUAAACAAAUAGAAGAAAAUAUUUUUUUAGAUGAUCGAGAAAUAGAUGAUGAAGAAAAAGAAGAUAUUAAAAUUAAGCCUGAUAAUCGAAUCAUGGAAAGUAUUAUUACAAGUAGCGAAGAGAAGAAAAUUAGUGACGAAGAAAAAUUUAUUGUAAAAAGUACAGGAGAAGAUUAUGAAAAAACGAUGGAAGACUAUAAAAUUACUGAAGAAAUAAGUCAAGAUAAAAAAAUUACUGAAAAAACAAUCAAAGAUCAAAAAUUUGAUGCAGAAACAAUCGUGGAUUAUGAAGUAACUGAAGAAACGGUAAAAGAUCAAAAAAUUGAUAAGGAAGAAACGAGGGAUCAUAAAUUCGAAGAAGAAACAAGUAUGGACUAUAAAAUUAUUGUAGAAAAAACCGAGGAUUCAAAAAUUGAUGAAAAACAAGCUAUUUCGGAUCGCGCGUUAACUAUAGAAAAAAUUAAAGAUCAAGAAGAGGAUUAUAAAAUCAUCGAAGAAGAAAAUAUGGAUCACAAAAUAAUUGGAGAAAGAACUAAGGAUGAAAUAAUCGAUAAAGAAUCAAUAGAAAAACAUAAAAUUCCUGAAGAAGCAAUUGUAAAAAUUAUUGAAGAAAUACCAAAAGAUCAAAAAAUUGAAAAUGAUACAAUGGAGGAUGAUGGCAUUACUGAAAAAGUAACUGUGAGUCGUAUUGAAGAAACAUCUAAGGAUGAAGAGAUUAAAAAAAUUUCAGAGGAUUAUGGAAUUGCUGAAAAAGCAACUGAGGAUUUUAAAAUAACUGAGGAAGUAACUACAGAUCAUAAAAUGGAAGAAAAAGUAACGGAGGAUUACACAAUAGUUGGAGAAAGAUUUGACGAUGAUAAAUCUCUGAUAAAAACUGACUUUACUACUAAGGAAGAGAUAUCUGAUAAAAAACAAGAUUCAACAGAAAUUGAUAAUGAUAAAAUUAGCAGAGAAGAAAGUAUUUUCUUAGAUAAAAAAAAAGAUUCUGAUGAAAAGACAUUUGCUAAAAAAAUUGAUACAGAUGAUCACGAAACCAGUACAAAAAAGGUUUUGGAUACUGAAGAAGAAAUUGACAGUCAAAAAAAAAAAAGUAUUUCUCCUGAAAUAAAAGAAAUUCUUCCUGUAGUAAAAGUUGUGACAGAACUAAUUAAAAGUGGCGAUGAAAAAAUUAGUGAUAAAGAAAUUUUUAUUGGCAAAGAAAAAGAAAUAGAUAUUGAAGAAAAAAAAGAAAUUCCAAAAAUUGAUAAAAUUGAAAAAGAAAGUAUUACCGAUGAUAAAGACAAGGAAGAAGAUUCCACUAAAAAAAAAAAAGUAAUUACAGAAAGUAUUGAAGAAACUGAUGAAUCAUUUAAUAAAACAAUUAAAGAAAUGCAAAUAAUAGACGAUCACAAAAUUAUCGAAAAAGAAAUUUUAGAAACAAAAGAAAUUAUCGAUGAUCAUCAAAUUAGUGACAAAGAAAUUGUUCCAGAAACAUUAGAAAUUGAAGAAAUACCUAUUGCUGAAAAACAGGAUGAUAUUCAAGAACAUCGCAUUGAAAAAGAAGAUAUACCUCUGAGAAUAUCUCACGUUGAUAAAGAUGACGAGAUUAAAGAAAAAGAAGAUUCGUCAAAAAUUUCAACUCAGGAAAUUUCAAUGGAAGUUCCUAUCGUCUCUUCAAUCGACGAUAAUGCAAAACAAGAAACAUCAACAGAUACAGAAUCAACCGAAGAUCACGCCAGUAAAAAGGAUAAUGUUUUCUCAGAAAUGUUUAAAGCUGUCCAUUCGUUAGUCGAUAAAUUGACGAACGGCAAAAGAUCAAGAAAGACGAGUGUAGAAGAGGUUGCAAUCAUUGAACUUCCAGAUGAUAAAAUUAUCCAGAAAGAAGUGGCACAUCCUGACGAUGACAAGGAGAAAUGUCAAGAAGAAAGUUCGAUUACCAGCGAACCAUCCGCUUCUCGAGUAAGUAGUGAUUCGAUAAAAUUAAUGGAAGAGCAAAUGGACGAUAAGAAAAUUACAUCAAAAGAUAAACCUCUCGAUUCCACGGAUGACAAAGUAGCUAUCAGUCCAGAAAAAAAGACAAGCGAAAGUAUGCAAAUCGAUAUCGUGUCAGAAUCGAAGAAAACAGAAUCGGAUGAACAUUUGGGGAUAGACAAAGAUGAAACGAUAAAAUUAAUAUUAGAAAAACCUCUCUUAGAAAAAGUAAUAAUUGAUAAACCUUUAAAAUACGAUCCAUCGUUGAUACAACCGGCGGACGAAAAACUAAAGGAUGGAAAGAACAUCAGCGAAAUAUCAUCGAAGAAAACAAUCGAGAUAAGCGAGGAAUCGAAAGAAGCGAUCCCAGAUAUCGAAAGGAUGGAUGUCAAACCGUUACGAAUCAGCGAGGAAGAGUUGUUGCGCGUACCAACAUCAAGCAAAGCGAGCACCAGUUUUCAGGAGAUCGAAUCGCUUCGAAGUUCUUCGCAGAAGACUACACAGGAGAAGGAAAAGUUAGUCUCUGACUCCAUUAUAUCCGAAACUUCAACAGAUUCCGCGAAAACAUUGGAAUUUGAAAAGCAAUUGAAGUCAGCAGAAAGCAAACAGAUUGAAUUACAAGAAAUGGAAGAAUUUGUCGAGGGAGAAAGUUUCAUUGUGAGAGGGACAUCGUCUCCUGAGGGACAAUCGCGGAGCACAGAAUCUGAUGUACACACGAUUGUUUAUAGGGGCGAAUCGGAUAAGCGAGAAGAUCGAACUAAGGAGGAAGUAAUGGAUAAAACUUUGAGGAAGCAUAUAGAGGAAGAGGGGAUACCUGUUGAAGAGGAAUACGUAAGCCUUCCACUUUUUACAAGCAUAAUAGAUACGAUGGAUGAUUCCGAGGACAGUGAUUCAUCGAGCGAUAUUUCCAGGAAGACAACGUUAACCACCAGACCGUAUCAAACCCCGCGAAAUCGUGCUCGACAGGUUUCCGAGAGAGAGAGUAGCCAAACGGAGGAAGUGGCUGAAAGUGUCGGGGAUGAGGAACAAGCGAUAUUAGCUGUCGAGGUGAUAGGAAAUGGGAACGUGGACUCGCCGAAAGAGGAAAGGAUACUUGAAAAAGUUGAAGACGCGGGUAUGGAACAAGCUCCUUUGACGAGAUCAACCGAGACGGUGAAAGGUGAAGAAACUGGAUCGAGGGAAGAAUUUAUAAAUGUACAACCGUGUUUCAGUGGAGAAAGAUUAAGGGCAACGAGCGAUACGGAAAUAGACAAAGAGUCUUCGACGAAACAUACGAAAGAUACAAAAUCUGAAACGAAACAUGGAAAGGAUGGAAAGAUUAAUAGAGAAGACGAACCGUCAUCGGCCUCCAAACUUGCAAAAACUGAUACUUUCAAAGUUGCCGAUAAAAAGGCGAAGGAACAAGAGAGGAAAAAAAUACCCCCGCAAAGGAAGAAAAAAAGUUGUUCCGAGGAAUCUCCGGAGGAAGAGAAGACAACAACGCAUUCUCACGAUGGAGCGAGUCACGGUGGGUAUCGCGCACGCGGGAAACCCUUAGAAGAUCGAUCGAGGCAAAAAGAUAAAACGAAACAAGGGAGAAGAAGGGAGGAAGAAUCAGAAAAGCAAAAACAAUUUGCAUCGAGAUCGAAGAUCGAGAAGGAUAAGAAAUCAUCGAUCGGUAGCGAGAAAUAUCCAACCCCGUCGAGAAGCGGGGAGAUCGACACGAGUAAAACGCAGCCGAAAUAUAUGGCGUGGUACAAAAAGAACCGAGAGGAAAUGGAAAAGAGGAGAGCCGAAUUAAUGGCGACGGAUGACGAGGAGCAGCUUCCACGAUGGUUACGAAGAAGCAUGAGAAGCCAGAGAGCCGAGAAGGAAGAUAAAAAGCAGCAGUCGAGUCAGAAAACCGCUGACACGACACCGCGGACGAGGCGCAAAGUUAAACCUUUGGUAAACGUCGAAUCCGAACAAUUGAAGGCCAUUGUUCGCCAAGGUAGAAAAUUAAGGAGAGCCGAAGGAGGGAGGAACGAAGAUCCACCGGUACAGAUAUUCGCCACGACUCCGCCCCACGAUCCCAAGCAUCAUUUGGUGCAACAUUCUGAAUAUAAAUACGAGAAAGCGCCCGCGCCGUUUUACCUUCAUCCCCCUCCUCCCCCUCACCCUUCGCCCCAAUUGUCGCCAGAACAUUUCGAAAUUCCGCCAACGAUGGAAUGCGGACGCACGGAUGAAGAAUUCGAUUCCGGGAUAGCGGUGUCGUUACAGGCUGGAAACAGGCGACACCAACAAUUAUUGGAAAAGAAGAGUGUGUUCGAUAUCGCGUAUAGCGAAGCGGCACCCUCUCAAUUACGUUCAGACAGUACCACACCUCCGUCCUAAGGUAGUGUAAUAAUGUUAGAAUCGUUUCGUGGAAAAAUCUCCAUUGUUCAAUUCUUUUAAUUACAGAGGACGUAUAUAUUGUUGAAUAUCUUUUUAUGUUUUAUAUAACGAUGAAUUAAUGAGUUGGAAAUUGCGAAUGUGCUGAAUGAUAUCCUCGAUCCAUGAAUUUUUAAAUGUUAUGUUUUU